CUUCAUCUCUUCUCGCAAUUCACUCACUAAAAAAACCUCUGUGAAAUCCGGUGUGGCGGAAUCGCCGCCGCCGCAGCUGCAGUAGCUUCGUCCUUGCAUAAUUAAUCUAGCAUUCUAAUUCCCAAGCUUGAUUAUUAGUAUUGACUCCUCAAUACUAAUAAUCAAUCCUCCGCGCCUCAUUUUUCUUCUUCGCAAGAUUUCUCCUCCUCCAACUUCUUCUCUACGUCAUCAUAUGAUUAGGGUAGGGAAGGAGAGAAUGGAAAUUUUGGCUUUUAGGCAGAGAAAGAGAUAUGGAUGUGAGCUUUGUGUAGGAAGGUUUGUUAUGGAUAUUUUUGAUGAAUCAGGCUCAGCUUUGCUCUGUUUACUAAUGCUAUAGCCCUCGGGUAGUCUCCCUUGGCUUAUCCAACACAAACUCUAUAUAUCUUUAAUGACUCUGAGGAAAACUCCUCUUCCUCGGCUUGUCCUUGACAAUGUCUCUUGCAUGAGAAAUGCACAACAGAUUCUCCGCCAUGUCAAUGCAACUGUUCACGAUGGAUCAGCUCUCGUUCUAUCCGGUACCAAUGGCUCAGGAAAAACUACUUUGCUGCGCAUGUUAGCUGGCUUCAACAAACCAACUGCUGGGCAGGUGCUGUGGAAUGGCCACGACAUCACUAAAUCGGGUGUUUUCCAUCAGUACAAGCUUCAGCUGAACUGGCUCGCACUCAAAGAUGGCAUCAAGGAUAAAUUCACAGUCCUGGAUAAUGUUUUAUGGUUCGAGCUUCUCGAAGGAAAGGAAGGGAAUUCACUGCCUGCCCUAGAGCUUAUGGGGCUGGGGAAGCUAGUUAAUGAGAAAGCAAGAAUGCUGUCCAUGGGGCAGCGGAAAAGGCUGCAACUUGCGAGGGUACUAGCUAUGGACAGGCCAAUAUGGUUGCUUGAUGAACCUUCAGUCGCGCUGGAUGCUGAAGGCGUGAAGUUGCUCGAGUAUAUCAUCCACGAACAUAGGAAGAAAGGGGGGAUUGUCAUUUGCGCCACGCAUCUUCCUAUUGCAAUGGAGGAUCCCAUGGUUUUGAGGUUGCCACCAAGGUUCCCCAGAAGGAUGACUUUGGUCGACAUGCUUGAUCGCGGUGGACCUGACUGAAACUUGCAAGCUCAUAAACCUGUAGCUGUGCUCGUGAUAAACUCACGUUCGUGUGCAAUAACCUCGGAAUUACGUAGGAUUGAUAAACAUUACUUGGAUAACCAGGUGAGUGAGAUUUAAACAUAUGACAUUUAGCCUCAGCUGUAGUUUAGGUUGUUUCAAAGUGAUUGAAUCAUAAGUCAUUCUUUGACCUAAGUUGUAUGUGGCAUUUGUACAUGAGAUUUAUUUGAGAUAAACUACUCAUAUUUACAAAUAGGCCAUCCCUAAUUGUUUACCUUCAAAUUUCACCUAGUUUGUAGAUUUGGAAAAGUGUGGUCUGUUUAAACUUUAAUCACUACAGUCAUUUUGCCUCUUGCAA